AUGACCGACAACGUGCAUCCAUACAAGAGGCAUCUGAUCCAAGAACAGCAUAUUCCCUACGGGAUGAACAAUAACUCAGUUCCUAAUCUUAGUCGGGGGAAUACUGAGACUUUUGAAUAUCAGGGCUCCCCAGACCAAAGUUACACAAGAGUUAAAAAUAGCACAGAGAGAAGAUCUGUCUCUCCUAUACGAACAGCAAAGUCCGUCCCACCACCCUCUUUGAACCCUGAUGAGAAGCAGACUAAAAAUGAUCCUCUCUCUGAAAAGCAACCACCACCAAUAAAUCCCUAUGGCGGUCAUUCCAAGCAAGGUUCUGUGACUUCGUCGCAGGAUUCCGCGGUAGAAAAUGGCCAAGCUAACAAUUCCACCACCUCAUUAAACUCUAAUAUGGCUCACAAGAUUAGGUCACGUUCUGUGGAUCUUUCACAUAUGUAUUUACUUAAUAGCGGUGCUGACACUCAAUUAACAUCUACUAAUGAAUCCGUAGCUGAUAUAUCACAUCAAAUGAUUAGCCGCUAUCUAGGUGAUGCCAAUAAUUCAUCGUUAGUCCCAAGAUUGAAGACUAUUGAAAUGUACCGACAAAACGUGAAGAAGUCCAAAGACCCAAAUGUUUUAUUCCAAUACGCUCAGUACAUGUUACAAACUGCAUUAACCAUUGAAUCAUCUAGCGCCUUAGUAUCUGAUAGUGGUGAUGGGAAGAAGGAGGAUAUAACACAAAGUGAUUUGAAGAAACAAUUCUUGAAAGAGGCUCAACAUUAUCUAAAGAAGUUAAGCGUUAAAGGUUAUUCUGAUGCUCAAUAUUUAUUGGCUGAUGGUUACGCAUCCGGUGCCUUUGGUAGGAUUGAAAAUAAAGAAGCAUUCAGUUUAUUUCAAGCAGCAGCAAAACAUGGUCACAUUGAAAGUGCAUAUAGGACGGCUCAUUGUUUUGAAGAAGGUUUGGGAACAGCAAGAGAUUCUCGUAAGGCUUUGAAUUUCCUGAAAUUUGCUGCUAGUAGAAAUCAUCCGUCAGCAAUGUAUAAAUUAGGAUUAUAUUCUUUCUAUGGGAGAAUGGGGUUACCAACGGAUGUAAGCACAAAACAGAAUGGUAUCAAAUGGCUAUCAAGAGCCGCGGCAAGAGCUAAUGAACUUACAUGCGCCGCUCCUUAUGAACUUGCAAAGAUUUAUCAGCAGGGGUUCUUGGAUAUAAUUAUCCCAGAUGAAAAAUAUGCGAUGGAAUUAUAUAUACAGGCAGCUACUUUGGGGCACGCUCCCUCAGCAACAUUGUUGGGGCAAAUUUAUGAAACUGGUAAUGAAGUUGUAGCACAAGAUACUAGUCUUUCUGUACAUUAUUACACACAGGCGGCUACACAAGGCGGUGAUCCCACGGCAAUGUUAGGUUUAUGUGCUUGGUAUUUAUUAGGUGCCGAACCUGCCUUUGAAAAAGAUGAAAAUGAAGCAUUUCAAUGGGCUCUUAAAGCUGCUAAUAUAGGUCUACCAAAGGCCCAAUUUACGUUAGGGUAUUUCUUUGAACAUGGGAAAGGCUGUGAAGCAAACGCUACUAGUGCCUGGAAAUGGUAUGAAAGAGCUGCAAAGAAUAAAGACACACGUGCCAUGAAUAAAAUGGCCUCAAGGGAAGGAGUGACAAAGACUGCAACAACAGCAAAAAAUGAUAAGCGUACUAAACAUAAAAAAUCCAAAAGUGUUAACACUUUAAACCUUUUUGCAGGUUUUGAUGAAAGUCCUAAAGUUAAUAAUGAAUCGAAUAUUACAAACGACGAAGAAGUCAAUAAUAAUGUGUACCAACAGCCAUUAAAUGUUUCUAUGUCUGUAUCACAAAGCAUGCUUGAUGACUCUGAAGGGGAUACUACAGCAAAUAAAGGUAUGAAUACAGAUUCAUUUUUAAACAUUGAUGGUCCUAAUAGAGCGGUGCCUGUUGAUGCCACACCACAAUUGAGGUCAUCAACACCUCCAAAUCUGAAAUCCUCGAGAAGCGUUAUGAAGUUUGGUGGUAAGAAGAAAGACAAGAGUAAAUCUAAAGAGAAGAAAGAUUGCAUAAUCAUGUAA